GGGCGGGCCGGGCAGCAGGUGCGGCCGGCGGGGAGGGUGGCCGCCAUUGGCUUGGCAGCGGCGGAGGGCGGCCGGGGCCCGUCGGGUGGGAGGUGACUGCGGAGAUGGGGUGAAGGGGGCGGUUCAGAGGCGUCGGCGUCCCACGGGCCCGCGGAAGUCAGGCCGCCGAGAGGCGGGCCUCGGGCCGGAAGCCGGAAGGAGGACGCCGCCGCCCCGUCGCACGGCAGGUCCGUGGAGCCGUCGGUGCCGAGUGCGGCAUGGAGAAGCUGCGGCUCCUGGGGCUCCGCUACCAGGAGUACGUGACUCGUCACCCGGCCGCCACGGCCCAGCUGGAGACGGCGGUGCGGGGCCUCAGUUACCUGCUGGCAGGUCGCUUCGCCGAUUCACACGAGCUGUCAGAGCUGGUGUACUCUGCCUCCAACCUACUCGUGCUGCUCAAUGACGGCAUCCUGAGGAAGGAGCUCCGCAAGAAGUUGCCUGGGUCACUGACACAGCAGAAGCUCCUGACAUGGCUAAGCGUGCUGGAGUGCGUAGAGGUGUUCAUGGAGAUGGGGGCUGCAAAGGUGUGGGGCGAAGUGGGACGAUGGCUGGUCAUUGCACUCAUCCAGCUGGCCAAAGCUGUCCUGCGGAUGUUCAUGCUGAUCUGGUUCAAGUCCGGCCUCCAGACCUCACCCCCCAUCGUCCCAUUGGACAGGGAGGCCCAGGCCCGGGCCCCAGAUGGUGACCACAGCCCUGGCAGUCAGGAGCAGCCAUACGUUGGGAAGCGGUCAAACCGAGUUGUGCGAACCCUCCAGAACACUCCGUCCCUGCAUUCAAGGCACUGGGGAGCCCCCCAGCAGCUGCAGGAAGGCCGGCAGCAACAGCGGCCUGAGGAGCCGAGCACCCCGCCCACCCCGCUGGGGCUGCGGGAGACCGUCGCUGAGUCCUUGUACAUCGCCCGGCCCCUGCUGCACUUGCUCAGCCUGGGCCUGUGGGGUCAGCGGUCGUGGGCGCCCUGGCUGCUCUCUGGAGUUGUGGAUUUGACCAGCCUCAGCCUCCUGAAUGACAGGAAGGGUCUGAGCCGGCGGGAGCGGGUGGAGCUGCGGCGGCGGACCAUCGUGCUGCUCUACUACCUGCUGCGUUCCCCGUUCUAUGACCGCUUCUCCGAGGCCAAGAUCCUCUUCCUGCUUCAGCUGCUGACCGACCACGUCCCUGGCAUCGGCCUGGUGGCAAGGCCACUCAUGGAGUACUUGCCCACCUGGCAGAAAAUCUACUUUUACAGCUGGGGCUGACAGGUCCUGGAGGCAGUGAUGGCCAAGGGCGGCCUGCACUGCUGCUCCCGGCCAGGGGUGUCCUGGGGCCCUCUUCCCUAAUAAAACUGACUGGCUCUGUCCAAG